UCCUUUUCGCCACAGGGCCAGGGUUCCGUUCCGUGCUGUGCCCCUCCCCCUCUCUUGCCCCUCCCCUGGGCCCCUCGCUUAUAUAUAUACUGCUUGCGUUCAUGCGUUUCUGCUGUCCGUUCUUUCCUUCUUUUCUUCUUUCUUGCGCUUACUUGCGUCUGUCCUCCCUCUCUUUCUCCCUUCCUUCCUUCCUUCCUUCUUUCCCCGCGGUUCCUUCGGUGAUUAGGGUGGCUAUGGCGGCUGCGCGACUACUACUACUAAUGUUGACUAGACUACGGUUGCGGGUAUUAUCAUUAUGCGCGCCGCCGGCCGGCUUCUGGGUUUGCCCCGCCCUGCCCCGCCUGGACCUGAGCUGUCCUGACUUUUAAGUCUGCCUCGCCCCUCGGUGUAGUGCGCUUGCAUGCUUUCCUGAUUGGAGAGCGAUAGCGUGAGAGGGGGGAGGGGUGGCAGGCAGGGCGGGGGCAAA